UCCAAACCCAAAGGUGUUAUUUUGGAGCGAAAAAGAAGAAUGGCAAAUUGAGGAGUGUUGGGACUUAAUGGGUGAGCUAUCCCGGAACGGCGCCAUAGCGAAAGCUUGUUCAGGCACAGGACCUCCAUUAAUCCGAAACCUGUCCCUGGUAACCUCCAUUACCACAAUCCUCCAAAACCUAAACCCCCAAAACCCAGACUUGUCACCCCUUAAAAAGUUCUCCCCUCACCUCACCCCAAACGUGGUCAUCCACGUCAUCAAGAACCUAAACAGGCACCCCCACCACGCCCUUCACUUCUUCAACUGGGCCUCCGAUCACUACUCCCACCCCCCCUCCUGCUACGCCGCCAUCACCCACCUACUCCUCUCCCACUCCCUCUUCUCCACCGCCUACUCCCUCCUCCGCCGCUCCAACAACCUCUCCGACUCCCUCAUCUGCACAUUCAUCAACGCCCUCGGCCACCGCGGCGACAUCAGAGGCGCCAUCCACUGGUUCCACAAAGCCAACACCUUUCUCAAAGGACGCUGCUUGUUCUCCUGCAACGCCGUCUUGGCUGUUCUCGUGAGGGCCAACCGUGUAAACAUCGCCAAGGCCAUCUACGAUCAGGUCCUCGCACAAGGUUUGCUCCGACCCGAUGUCUACACUCACACCACCGUCAUUCGCGGCUUGUGCAAAGUGGGCUUGGUCGAGAGUGCGCGCAAGGUGUUCGACGAAAUGCGCUGCCAACCCAACAUGGUUACUUACAACACCUUGAUCCACGGCUUUUGCAGGAAGGGUGACAUGGAGGCUGCAAAGAGCGUUUUUGACAGGUUGGUGGGGAGUGAGAGUUGCAAGCCCGAUGUGGUGAGUUUCACCACUUUGAUUGAUGGGUAUUCCAAGAAAGGGGAGCUCCGUCAGGCGCUGAGGUGGUUGGAGGAGAUGGUGCAACGAGGGUGUUCCCCCAACGUUGUGACCUACAAUGCGUUGAUUGAAGGUCUUUGCUUGAGCGGGGAAGUGGAUGGGGCCAAGAAGAUGAUGACCAGGAUGCGGUUGAAUGGUGUAAGAGACAAUGUGGCCACGGACACGAGCAUGUUGAAGGGGUUUUGCAUUGUGGGGAAGUCUGAUGAUGCUUUUAAGCAUCUGAGGGGAAUGAUUAGUCGCGGGAGGAAGCCGGAUGUGAAAGCGUAUAGUGUUGUUGUCAAUGAGUAUUGCAAGAUUGGAAAACCAAGUGAGGCAGUGUCCCUUCUGAGGGAAAUGGUGGCGACGGGUGUUAAGCCAAGUGUGUCGAGUUUUAAUGCGGUGUUUAGAGUUUUUGUGGAUGAGGGGAAGGUUGAUGAGGGAUUUUUUCUUUUGAAGCAGAUGCCUCGGAUGGGAUGCUCACCCAACUUCUUGUCUUAUAGCAUAGUUGUAUGUGGUCUUUGUAAAGUGAAGGGUAGGAUGCAACAAGUUGAAGAGCUUGUUUCGGACAUGGUUCGGAAUGGACAUAACCUGGAUGCCACUGUGUAUAACUGCUUGCUCGAGGGAUAUUGUGAGGAAGGGGAUGAAGAAAUGGCACUAAAGACGGUUUAUGACAUAAUGGACAAGAACUUUGUGAUCAACCAAGACACUUUCUGCAGUUUUUUGAAGGGGUUGUGUGCGAAGGGAAAAUUGAAAGAGGCGGAGACACUGUUUGGGGAGAUGCAGAGGAGAUCCCAGUUGAGUGGAAAACUUGAGUCAACCGGAGGAAUAUUAACGUGAUAUGAUAAUGUUCGGUCAAUGGAAUUCUUGCAGAGGUAUUUAGCCCCUAAAAACUAUGGCGCAUUGUGGGAGGGGUCUGCUUAAUCCAGCACUGCAGGUUUAAAGUUCAUUAUAUAGAGUGCUUGGGUUGAAACUCUCGUUUACCAUCAAGUCCGGGAUGGUUGGUGUGGUCUGUUUACUGAUUGGGUUUGGAUAGAAGUGGAGAACAAUUGAUCCAACUCAAUAGAUCAGUAAUGGAAAUAGUUAUGAUAUAACUAGCGCUAUAGUAUAUUUUUUUUAUUAUUCAUUUCAGCUUGUUUCUUCUUUUUUUUUACUAGUUCUUAAUUUAUUUAUUUUUUGCAAGUUGGUUUUUUUUUAUUACUGUUUUUUGAUAAAUAAGCAUAUUAAAACUUAUAAAUAACCGAUUGAAUUAUAAGCUAAUAAA